GAAGCAAUAGCAAUUCUAUUGGAAGAAAUUAACCAAAAAGAAUAUUUCGAUAACCUAAUUUCUGUAUAUUCAUCGAAACGCGAAAAGCUCAUGUCUGCAUUAUCAUCCAUUGGCUUACCAUAUACAAUUCCCCAAGGAAGUUAUUUCAUAUUGGCCAACACUUCAAAGAUUCAAAUACCUCAAGAUUACGAAUUUCCCGAAGAUAUUAUUGACCGACCAAGAGAUUUUAAGGUUUGUUAUUGGUUGGCUAAGGAAAUCGGUAUUAUAGCAACACCACCAAGUGAAUAUUAUUCACAAGAGCAUAAAUAUCUUAUAGAAGAUUUUGUAAGGUUCGCAUUUUGCAAGAGUAAUGAAACUUUGGAACUUGCUGUUAAAGCUUUAAAUAAGUUGAAGCCGUAUAUUAAUAAGUGUUGA